AUGAAAAUCGGAAAGUAUCUUGUUACUCGUUUUACAACUCUGGUGCCUCCUGGAGUUGUACCUGCAAAUCCAAUUAAACUUUUUCGUAUGCUAAAUCGUCAGCAAACUGCUUUCUUUCUUGUCGCUUUUUUUGCAUGGACAUUGGAUGCUUUCGAUUUCUUUUCCGUUACUCUCAAUAUCAUUGAAAUUGGUAAGACAUUUAAUAAAUCGGUAGCCCAUAUCACUUGGGGUAUUACUGUAACAUUGAUGCUUCGUUCUGUGGGUGCCAUCGUGUUUGGCAUUGCAGGCGACCGAUUCGGUCGUAAAUGGCCAUUUGUUAUCAAUAUUGCUUUUUAUGCAACACUUGAAAUUCUCACAGGUUUUUGUACAACAUACGGGCAAUUUAUUGUUUGUCGUGCUCUUUUUGGUGUUGCUAUGGGUGGUAUAUAUGGCAAUUGCGCUACUACAGCACUUGAAGAUGCACCAGAGGCGGCACGUGGUCUCUUGUCGGGCAUUUUACAGCAGGGCUAUGCAAUGGGCUACCUACUUGCUGCCGCUUUCAAUAUAGCAAUUACACAUAAUCAACCGUAUGGUUGGCGAGCACUUUUUUGGCUGGCAGGUUUUCUUCCAUUGCUAGUUGCUUUGUGGCGCAUCUUCUUACCUGAAACAAAAACAUUUCUUAGCAUCAAGGAGGCACGUAAAGCCGGCAAAACUAAAGACGAAGCCGGCCAUGAAGUUUCUGCGGUCCAAGCAGUCAUCAAUUCAAUUCGUCCUACACUUAAAAAAUAUUGGAUGACACUCAUCUAUCUCAUUCUAAUGAUGACUGGAUUCAACUUUUUAGCACACGGAAGUCAAGAUCUAUAUCCAACUUUUCUUAGCAAUCAGCUUCAAUUUUCAACAGGUCUUGUUACCAUUACUACAAUAGUCUCAAACUGUGGAGCUCUUAUCGGUGGCUCACUAAUUGGCUACUCUUCAAGUUUCUUCGGUCGACGACUUUCUAUAAUUGUUGUCCUCAUUGCUGGUGCUGCACUUAUUCCAGCGUAUCUUCUUCCACGUAACAAAACAAUUAUGAUCGGGGCAUUCUUUCAGCAACUGUGUGUUCAAGGUGCCUGGGGUGUAGUUCCUAUUCAUCUCAUUGAACUCGCACCAGAUGAAUUCCGUUCAUUUGUCGUUGGCACAGCCUAUCAACUAGGUAAUCUUAUCUCAUCAGCUUCGUCAACAAUUGAAGCGUCACUUGGACAACGCUUUCCUUUGGAAUCAGACAGCGAGACCACUGCUUCACAUCGAUUUGAUUAUGGUAAAGUCAUGGCUAUUUUCUUAGCCUGUACUUACGUAUAUUUACUUAUCAUUAUUCUGCUCGGACCUGAAAAAAAAGAUGCCAAAAAUGAUGAAUAUAUUGCGACUGAACUUAACAAUAAAAGUGUCAAAGACGAUGAUACUCAAUCGAAAUUGUUAACAACACCAGAAGACGGACAGAAGAAACAGACAUUAGAAAAUGCAUAA